AAAAUCCGUUUCUAUGUGCACUGCUCUAUCACAUUAUAUCAACCUUCAUUAAAUUAUUUAUUUUAUUGUUCUUGUUAUUUAACGGACGAUUUGAGUAUAUUAUAAAUACUAUUAAUAGGGCACUGCAGUGAAACCGCUGGCGCGUGAGAUGAAAUGACAACGUCAACACUGCAGAAAGCGAUUGAAAUGGUCACUAAAGCCACAGAGGAGGACAAGGCCAAGAACUACGAGGAGGCACUGAGACUCUACCAGCAUGCUGUGGAGUACUUCCUGCACGCCAUCAAAUAUGAAGCGCACAGUGACGAGGCGAAGGAAAGCAUCCGUGGGAAGUGUGUGCAGUAUCUGGACAGAGCCGAGAAACUCAAGGACUACUUGAAAAACAAAGACAAACAGGGCAAGAAACCAGUGAAGGAAGCACAGAGCAAUGACAAAAGUGACAGUGACAGUGAAGGAGACAAUCCUGAAAAAAAGAAGCUCCAGGAGCAUCUGAUGGGUGCGAUUGUGAUGGAGAAGCCCAAUGUGAGGUGGAGUGAUGUGGCCGGACUGGAGGGGGCAAAAGAAGCCCUGAAAGAAGCGGUCAUUCUGCCCAUCAAAUUUCCACACCUGUUCACAGGCAAGCGCACUCCAUGGAGGGGCAUUCUUCUGUUCGGGCCCCCCGGCACAGGAAAGUCUUAUCUGGCCAAAGCUGUGGCCACCGAGGCCAAUAACUCCACCUUCUUCUCCGUGUCUUCCUCGGACCUCAUGUCUAAGUGGCUGGGCGAGAGUGAGAAACUGGUGAGGAAUCUGUUCGAUCUGGCUCGCCAGCACAAGCCCUCCAUCAUCUUCAUAGACGAGGUGGAUUCUCUCUGUGGAUCCAGAAAUGAGAACGAGAGCGAAGCCGCUCGGAGGAUCAAGACGGAGUUCCUGGUGCAGAUGCAGGGUGUUGGUAAUAACAACGAUGGGAUAUUAGUUCUCGGUGCUACUAACAUUCCUUGGGUGCUUGACGCUGCUAUUCGCAGAAGGUUUGAGAAGCGCAUCUACAUCCCGCUCCCCGAGGAGCCGGCCAGAGCGGCCAUGUUUCGCUUACACCUGGGAAACACGCCUCACAGUCUGAGCGAGGCAGACCUGCGUCAGCUGGCCCGCAAAACAGACGGAUACUCCGGAGCCGAUAUCAGCAUCAUCGUGCGAGACGCUCUCAUGCAGCCUGUCAGGAAAGUGCAGUCCGCUACGCACUUCAAAAAGGUGCGAGUGCCGUCUCGCAGUAACAGCUCUGUGAUGGUGGAUGACCUCCUGACCCCGUGCUCCCCCGGUGACCCUGAUGCCAUAGAGAUGACCUGGAUGGAUGUCCCUGGUGACAAACUGCUGGAGCCCAUAGUGUGCAUGUCUGACAUGCUGCGCUCUCUGGUGACCACACGCCCCACCGUCAACACUGAAGACCUGCUGAAGGUGAAGAAGUUCACAGAGGAUUUUGGACAGGAGGGCUGAACGACCCACGACCCACCAUUCCAUCCAGUGUAGCUGUCCCAGCUCAACCAGGACUACUGCUCUAAACUAACCCCAAUCUGACAUCUCUAACCCAACACUACACCACGUCACAGUCAGCAGAUGGGAAAGACGGAAGCGCAGCAGAGAGCAUGAAGCUUGCUGUAAAGUGAUAUGUUUACAUAAUCAAAUUUGUUGAAGUAUUCAUUUUAUGAGGAUUUUGUCUGUCUGCCCUUUAUUCUGAACCGGCUACCGACAUUACAGCUCUCACCGAUGAGUAUUUAUAUUAAUUUAUUCUCAGUCUUUGUAUUGUGUGAGUGCAGACCAGUUUGAGCUUCAGUAUGUUUUGUGUCCAGCUGAGUAUUGCAGCACUUUCCUGUAUAAACAUGGUCUGGGUGAACCGCUCAAAAACUCGUCUGGGUCACGUUAAACCUAAGAAUUAAACAGGAGAAAAAAAAAAUAAUAGAAAAUAUAUAUAUGUGUGUAUAUAUAUAUACAGGUCCUUCUCAAAAAAUUA